AUCGAUUUCAGAAAUGGGGAAACCCAUCAUUCAGUGGGCUUUGUUUAACAUAUUUCAGGACUAUUGGCCCAAAAUAAGAUUUUAUGUCCUGUUUGGGUUGCAACCAAACCCGCUUAAACCAAACGAUUCUAAUCAGAUACGACCACCAGAGAUACGAAGGCCGCCGGAAGUGCAAAACACAUCAGAUCGAUCUCGUCUCUCCGGCCAAUUUCAAGAAUUACUCCAAGUUCAAGUUAUGGCCGGGCAUGAUGAUUCUGGAACGUCUGACAAGAAAUCAAGUCAAGCUAUAAACGAUUUACCGACCUUCAAUGCUGAGAAUAUGCAAAACAACAUGAGAGUUAUCUAUUACAGUCGAACAUUUAUGUCUAUUGUUGGAGGAUUCAUUGCUGGAAUUUUUGGAUUUACUGGCUUGAUGGGAUUUAUCUUUUAUUUUCUGGUCAUGGCAAUUACUUCGGUAGGACUAACGGCCAAAGCAGGGUUUUCCAUUCAUUCAUUCUUCGAUAGCUGGAACAGGAUUCUACUUGAUGGCUUUUUGGGUGGCCUUAUGGUACGAUUCUCUAUUAUCUUGCUUAUUUGUGCUCUUCAAGUUUAUUUGUUUGUGGAGCUUUUUGCCUAUUGUUUCUUGGGUUCAACCACUGCAUGACUAACACUUCCUAGAGCUGUCACAGAAAGCCAAAAUAGAAAAAAGAUGCCAUGCGUAGUUAAGUUUUUUUUUUUUCUCUGGUUGUCGAUUCUUUAUUUGGUGUAAUCUAGUUAUGAUGGUAUUACAUAAAAGGACUGCAAAUCACUCUAGAAAGGGUCUAUCAGUGACCAUCUUUUCUGGUCUUCUACCAUAGGUUCAGAGUCUCAAAAGCUUAAUUUUUCCAUACCUAGAUGAUUUUCCUUUUUUUUUUUUUCCUUCUGAUUUGUUGUGAAAUGACCCCACCAAAGCACAUUUGCAUCCCUUCAAAAGUGUUUAUGUCCGUAAUGUGUAAGGAAUUAUAUCAUGCCAAUCUUUAUUGGAAUCCUUUUUUGGUUACUUGGUGGUGAUGCCAAUCACACAGAUAUGUUGGUUAUGCCAAAGAGGAACUUUUUGGUAAUUAUUGGAGUAAGUUUCUCCAAAAUCCCAAGUUUCUAUAGUGAUUGCAUUAAAGGAAGAUUCAUUUGAUAGUUACAAGUUUGAUGAUUCACUAGAUAACAAAUGGGAGUGAUAAUUCCUCUCUUCACUUCAUAUUAAUGUUGUGGUUAUAUUUCCUAUAAAUAGGCCAUGCCAAAGUCGGAUUUUGUUGCAAACCAGCGCCUUUCUUGAAAUAGCUUGAUGUCUCCAUUUUGUGUUUGAUUAUGUUAAUUGACUGACAUGACGCAUUUUUUGCAGUCCUUCGUGCUGUUCUGGUCGUAUCCUUUUGCUAUUUUUCCUUUUUUAAUACGUAGAAACCACAUCUAGAAAAAUAUAGAGUGCAAAACUGAUGAGGUGACCAAGAAUUAUUCAUCUGUCGCCAUCUUUGUAGCAUAGAUAUCUCGCUUAGGCCACAUUUGUCAUUGGGCUCCAUACUCACACCCAUCACAGUGAGUGUGUGUGUGUGUGUGUGUACUUGGAGUACAUUUUGGCCAAAACAAAUAUAGAAGUGUACCGCUAAAAUAUGUCAGAAGUGGCUCCUUUUAAAGUAAUCAGUUCCUGUGUAUAUUUCAUCGAGGCAAGCUUUAUUGAAAUAUUUUUACCAGAUAUUACAAUGUUUUUUUUUCCUCCUCAUAUAUAUUCGCGUGUGAUUCUACAUUUUCCUUGACAUAAGAAGGUUUUCUUAUGACAUCGUGCAUAUAUUCUGAGCUGAGGGAUUGCACGGAAUGAAAUUGGAGAAGAGUCUGCUGUUGCUGCCACCUGCUGUUAUUAACUUAUAUCCAGGACUGUCGAAAUUGGAGACAUCUUUUUCCAUUUUUGGAUGAUUUCUAGUUUCAUCAAAUCGUUGAGGUGCUACUUUUGUUGCAAGCAUAAGUUUUUCUUUUUUCAAUUUUGUGAUUAUUGUUUGGCUGAAUAAUUUUUAUAAUGAGUCCCAUGGAGAAUGUAAGAGCAAACUCCAAGAGCCUCUCUAUUCUCAUUUCAACUCUCUAUUUUAGAGAGUUAACCAUCAAAAUCAAACUUCAAUAGGUUCUCUAUUCUCACUCAACUCUCUAUUUUCGAGAAUCAA